AUGAGCUCCAUAGAAGUUGAUGCGUGUGUCGAAAUUCUGGAAGAUCAUUUUGGUCCGAUAGCAGCUGCUGUUGGGAAUGUGUUACUUAGCGAAGCUGCACCAUUACCAGUUAUAUUCCAGAGAUUACGCAAACAAUUCAAAAUUUCCGAGAUAAGGCGAACAAUGGUAAUUUUGGAUCAACAUGGAAUCUUACAAUUUACUCAGGACGAACGCCAGCGCAUAAUUUAUUCCGCCCAAGUUAUUAAUAUUCUACGUCUAGUACGAUCUGCUAGAUGUUCAUUUGUUGCCAAAACGUUGUAUGGUGAAAUAGCGGAAGCAAUAUGUGAAGAAAUCAUUAGUCAAGGAAGGCUGACAUGUUCAUCAUGUAUCCGACGUGUUGCUGCUAGAUUAGAAGUGUCGAAUAAUGAGGUGAAAACAAUUUUUGCUCGUCUUGCUGAAACACAGUUUGUUAUGCGGUAUCCCAGAGUUGAGAGCAAUUUUUGUGGAUGUCCUAUUUUUGAGAAGCAUCUGGACCCAUUUAUGAUGCCGGAUGUGAUUCUGGAUGCAAAGAAGCAAGAAACCAGUGUUAAUGGUAAAUCUCGAAAGCGAAAACAUCUCAGCAAUGAAAAAGAAGAUCCGGAUAGUGAUAUUUAUUGGCAUUUGAAUUACAUACGUUUUGAACGAUAUUUACGUGAUGAAAUGGUUAUUACCGCAUAUGAAUCCUCUGAUGCUGUUCACGAAAAUUGCAUCAAAACUUUGAAAAUCUUGCUGAAAAUUAGUGAAAUGAAGGCUGAUUCGUCAGCUGCAGCUUCUUUCCCCAUAUCUAUUCAUGAUGUAGUACGAAGUGCAAACUCAAAUGAACUAAAUUUAAAAAAACAUGAUAUUGAAGUAGCAUUACGAUUGUUAUGCGAAAGUGGUGGGAUUGUCCGUAAAGUUGGGGACAGUGCCGGUGGUCUUUUUGUUGUUGAUUUUGAGAAAGCAAUAGCCAUGCAUUGCCAACGUCAUGUUGAGUCAGCGAUUCGAGAAAAGCUGGAUGUGCGAGCUGUUCGCGUUUUUCGACUUCUUAUGCAGAAGGGUUUUCUAGAAGAAGAUCAUGUUGAAAAAUUAGCUAUGUUAUCAUCGACGGAAGCACGUAAGCUUUGUUAUCAGUUAUUGGAGAAGGGAUUUGUUUUAAUGAAGCAUGUGGCCAAAACAAACGAUUUUGCACCAGCGCGUACGAUUUAUCUUUAUUAUGUUGAUUUAAAUAUCGUGGCGCACAAUUUAUAUUUAUUCACUUGCAAGGUGUUGAGAAAUGUAAUUAUACGAAGGCGUCAUGAAACUAAAGAGCACAAAGUUUUGAUAGAUCGUAAUUUGAAAAUGGAAACUAUUGUAGCAAAUAUUGAAAUGGACGAAAAUCUCGAUGAAGAAACAAAGAAGCAACAGAUUAGUGAAGUGGAAGAAAUGUAUUUAACACCAGGUGAUCGCGCUACUUUGGAAAAAUAUCGUAAAGGUCAAACUGCACUGAUAUGUACUGAAAUUGAAAUUGACCAUGAUAUACUACUAUAUACAUUGUUUUUGAAUUUUGCUAGGCGAGGACUUUAA